AUGCUAUGUGCUUCGUUUUUAUCGAAUUCGACUAGUUGCUUGAAUAGGAAGAAAGUUGUUGGAAAAUUAAUGGCUUCUUCAUCUUCCAAUGCUAUGUUUGGAGAUGUUUAUGUUGAUGAUUUGAUUUCAAACUAUGGUGGUGUUCAAGACUUAACAACAAAACAUGCUGGUGUGUACUUUAAAGAAAGAACUCGUAAACAGUUUGUGAGAGCUAGUGUGAGUUUGAGAAGAACACAACAACUUUUGUAUGGUCCUUUAAAUUUCGGGCGUUCAAGUUUUGAUGCUAAUUGGAGGAUUCAGAAUUCGGUUUUGCUUCAUGGGCCGUGGUUGAAGAGUUUAUCUAGCUCUUCUUCUGCUUGCUGCUUAGCUGGGGCUGCGCAUGAUCUCUCUUUUGAUAACAGUCCUCGUGAUGAACAGUUGGAAAAUCCCUCUACUUUGCCUAACUUAACUACCCUUGAUCGCAAGCCAUUGAAGAUGUUAUCAGGAUCAUGUUACCUGCCACAUCCAGCUAAAGUUGCUACAGGGGGAGAAGAUGCUCAUUUUAUUUGCUCAGAUGAACAAGCUAUUGGUGUUGCAGAUGGUGUAGGUGGCUGGGCAGAUGUUGGUGUUAAUGCAGGAUUGUUUGCCCAGGAACUUAUAUCUAAUUCAGUAAGAGCAGUUCAAGAGGAGCCCAAAGGUUCUUUUAAUCCAGUAAGGGUUUUAGAGAAGGCUCACUCAAAUACAAAGGCCAGGGGUUCAUCUACUGCUUGCAUCAUUGCUCUUACCAAUGAGGCACUAAAUGCUAUUAAUUUGGGCGACAGUGGAUUCAUUGUGAUUCGAGGUGGUAGCAUAAUUUUCAAGUCUCCUGUUCAACAACACGACUUCAACUUCACAUAUCAAUUGGAGAGGGGUAAUACAGGCGAUCUCCCCAGCUCUGGUGAGGUUUUCACAAUACCUGUUUCCCCAGGAGAUAUCAUUGUUGCUGGAACAGAUGGCUUAUUUGACAACUUGUACAACAAUGAUAUUGUUGGUGUGGUUGUAAGUUCAACUAGAGCUGGAUUAGAACCACAAGCAACUGCUCAAAAGAUAGCAGCAUUGGCUCAAGAGCGAGCACUUGACAAGAAGAGGCACUCGCCGUUUUCAACUGCUGCUCUCGAGUCUGGAUACCGAUUUUAUGGUGGCAAGCUUGAUGACAUAACAGUUGUGGUUUCUUACAUAUCCAGCUCAGUGAGUGAGUGA